AUGACCACUGUCGAAGAAUCUUACUUUACGGAGACCUCUCCCGAAGAGUGGAAUUUUAUCGAUUUCUAUCCACGAGCAAUAUGGGGUUCUCGCCUAGUUAGAGCUACACUCGACUUCCAUGACAGGGAGGGUCAUCUACGUGUUGAUCCUCUUUUGAACUACGUGCUCGUCGUGGUGAGCGAAACCUCAAGCGUGACUUUAUCAUUGCUAUAUGUCCGUGUGUUUGCAGCAGAUCUUGCACUAAUCAUGUUUUCUGUCAAUCGCGCAUUUUACAAGGACCAUCGUAAGAAUAUGCAUGGAGUCGAUGAGCUGUGGUAUAAUAUUGAACAUCAAUAUUUGGAAAAUAUGUCAAAGAUCCGUUCGGUGACAAUAAAGGGCAAGACCCAAGAAAUGAUGGAAGACCUCGCUGAAGAAACCGUUGUUGAAAGUCGAGUCACCACCUCUGCAAAGCGUAAACAUAGUGAUGCCUUUGAGAAUCUCGAAGAUAUAAAAGAUCAAGAAGAAAGUACAGAGCCUGAAGGACAGGAAGAGUGUACAGAUUUUGAACCUGAUGAUGACUCUGUAGAGUCUGAAGAGCAGUACCUAAAGUCUGGAGAGCAAGAACUUUUCACUGCGAUCAAGGAAGCUAUUGAGAUUGUGCAAAGGGACCCUUCGGGUCAUUUAAGUCCAAUGUAUUAUCUUAUACUUGAUCUGCGUCCUCCGUCCAUAGGGAUUUCCCAAUUUCGGGCAUCCCAGUACCUCAGUGAAUCUCAUUUGAAAAUCAUUAAAGAAAGGGCAGAAGCUGCCAAAAGCAGCAGGUUUGAUCCUCCUCAUCAUGUACAGAAGCUACUUAGUAGUUUUGGAGAGCUUCCUGGAACAAGUUGA